UGUUGACAGAAUAUUCCUACUGCGCAGGGCGAAUCAUCUUCGUUACUAAAAGAGAGAGAGAGAGGGAGACAUAUUAUAUACUGUAGUCUACAGUAGCCAAAUUAAACCCGGAAAGUCUCACCACCAAGGCCAUGGAGUCGAGUUGGAUCGCCGUGGUUUGUGUGCUCCUACUCGGUUUGAUGCAGAGCAGCCUCGGAGCGGAGCAGCGGGUCAUCCCUCCAGAGAAUCUCUUGGUAAUAACAGUAGCUACAGAGGACACUGAUGGCUUCACCCGCUUUAUGAGAACCAGCAAAGAGUUCAACUAUACUGUUAAGGUGCUGGGUCUAGGUGAACAGUGGAAGGGAGGAGACGUUGCUCGUACUGUAGGAGGAGGUCAGAAAGUUCGCUGGCUGAAGACAGAACUCCUCAAACACUCUGCCAAGAAGGACAUGGUCAUUAUGUUUGUGGACAGUUAUGAUGUAAUCCUAGCCAGUGGUCCAGAAGAGUUGCUGUGGAAGUUUUCCAGACUGGGUCAUCGGCUGGUGUUCUCUGCCGAGGGCUUCUGUUGGCCUGACCAGAAACUAGCCCCCAAAUACCCCCCUGUCCACACCGGGAAGAGAUACCUCAACUCUGGAGGGUUUAUAGGGUAUGCUCCAGAGCUCAGUGAGAUUGUUCAACAGUGGAAACAUAAAGACAACGAUGAUGACCAACUCUUCUACACUAAGAUCUACCUGGACAAAGUACAACGGACCAAGUACAACAUGACUCUGGACCAUCAGUGUGAUUACUACUUCAGUAUCGAUGCUGAUGUUGUCAUCGUCAACCCUGAUGUUCUCCGUAUCCUUAUAGAAGAGAACAAGUCAGUGAUAGCCCCCAUGUUGUCCAGACAUGGCAAACUGUGGUCUAAUUUCUGGGGAGCUCUGAGUCCUGAGGGGUUCUACUCUCGAUCUGAAGACUACAUCGAUAUUGUACAGGGCAAGAGAGCUGGUCUAUGGAACGUCCCCUAUAUAACUCAGGUCUACAUGAUAAAGGGGUCAGUCUUGAGAGGUAGACUGUCUCAGGUCAGUCUGUACAGUCAGGAGGGGAUGGAUCCGGAUAUGGUGUUCUGCAGGGCCGUACGAGACCAGGGAGUGUUUAUGUUUGUGUCUAAUCGUGAUGAGUUUGGUCGUCUGGUCUCCUCCUCCAACUACAACACCAGCAGACUUCAUCCGGACAUGUGGCAGAUCUUUGACAACCCUCUGGACUGGAAGGAGAAGUAUAUCCAUGAAAACUACUCUAAGAUCUUUGAAGACAACCAGACCAUCGUGGAGCAGCCGUGUCCUGAUGUGUACUGGUUCCCAUCCUUUACAGACAGGAUGUGUGAUGAUCUGGUGGAAACCAUGGAAGACUUUGGAGAAUGGAGUGGAGGAAGACAUACGGAUGAGCGUCUUGCAGGGGGCUAUGAGAACGUCCCUACAGUAGAUAUUCAUAUGAACCAGAUUGGCUUUGAGAAGGAGUGGCUCAAGUUCCUAAAAGAAUACAUCAGCCCUGUUACUGAGAAACUCUACCCAGGCUACUUCCCCAAGGCCCAGGCGGUGAUGAAUUUUGUAGUCCGGUAUCGUCCAGAUGAACAGCCGUCUCUUCGUCCGCAUCACGACUCCUCCACCUUCACCAUCAACGUAGCACUCAACAGCAAGGGAGUGGAUUACCAGGGAGGAGGGUGCCGGUUCCUUCGCUAUGACUGUAAUGUGGAAGCACCUCGUAAAGGAUGGUCUUUCAUGCACCCAGGCAGACUGACUCACUACCACGAGGGCCUGCCUACAACCAGCGGGACUAGAUACAUCAUGGUUUCCUUUGUUGACCCCUAAACCCUGACCUCUAACCCCUGAACACACCACCCAGGUGACUAGAUACAUUAUGGCAUCCUUCAUAGACCCAUAGACACUGGUGGCGUGUGUGCGUGUGUGUGUGUGCGUGUGCGUGCGUGUGUGUGUGUCAGUCAGUCAGUCAGUCAGUCAGUCAGUCACAUAGCAGAUGGGUCUUCUCGUUGCCGUAGUAACACAAACCACUGAGUUUCAUAGCAACCAGUUGAGCGACUUGAAUCAUGAUCAGAUCAGGCCAAUCAGCUGCAGAGAGGUCAGUCUGAUGAAACCUCACCAUGCUGCCUUUGAAAUGUUAGUAGAUGUUCUUAUCCAGAGAGACUCACAGUCAGGACAUUCAUCUUCAGAUAGCUAGGUGGACCAGUCAUAGUCAGGACAUUCAUCUCCAGAUAGCUAGGUGGGACAACCACAUAUCACACUCGUAGUCAGUGUAUUUCUUUCUCAAUAUGCUUCCUCAUUUUUCUUCGACCCCUGACCUCUGUAGCUAGCUGUGUGUGUUUGGUGUGUGUGUGUGUGUGUGUGUGUUAAUUUAAGUGUUUGAUGUAACGGCAGGCUGAUGUGGGUGUCAUGUUACAGCGUUGCUAUAGUAACCAGCCUCUCCCUGUGAGUGGAGAAAAGAUGAUUGACACUCUCCUAAGAGAGAAAACUGAACUUUCUGAUAGAAAUACCAUGAAUAGAUCAUCUGAGCUGUUCUUCAUGAUAGAAACUCUAAUCAAUAGAUCUGAAAAACACUCCACAAGACGUAAUUCUAUAAUAUCAUGAGUAGAUCGGAACUGUCUGUUCUACAUGAUCUGUGUCUAUGCGGUUGUUUUUGAAGGUAAUGUAUAGUUUUAUAUUUCAGAAACCAACACGACCUUGGUCUUCAGAGGUCUGUCAGAAAACAUGUAUUUUUAUCAUCACGUUUUAAACUACUGCUUCAGACUGAGGCCCAAAUGUUGCAACUUAAAUCUGGUGUUUUUUAUUGGUGUAUUUUUGUGAUUGUUUUCUAGCGUUCUGGUCCCAUGUUGGCUAUCAAAGUGUGUCUGUCCAUCUGACAUGCUUCUAUCGAGCUUUGUACAAAAUGCCCUAAAUUAUUUGUUAUGAUUGAGAAAUAAAGUUUCACGUUUUAAUAAAUAAUUAGAUCUAUAUGUCUGUCUGUUA